AUGAGAAGGAAGUCGAAGUUCAAUCUGGUGAAGAGUCUGACCAAGACGUCGAUGUCAAUGAAGAUGCGAAAUAUUCAGCACUUUCUACUUCCAGCGAUGAAGAAACAUUUUUAUGCGCUGAUGAUCCAGUUGGUGACGUGGACUGGCAGAUACAAAGAGGAGAUGCAGGAAUUGAAAGAACAAGAGGAGCAACCCAGUGCCUGUUUGGAUGGAACAGUCAACACUGGUGAAUGGUAAGCAUGCCAGAUUCAUACAUUUGACUUUUCCCACAUGUGGCAUAUGGUAUUGUUUAUAAAACCAUUGAUGUCCAAUUCUCAUAGCCUUGAUUCGUGAAAUUGACAGUAGACUAGUUUAUUAUCAGUUAACACAUUUCCCCCUUGACAUGUAAAUCCUCUGACAUCAGACAGGAUAAAUUAUAAAAACAUGUAGAAUCUUGUUGGUCUAGAUGCACCUACUUGAAAAUAUAUAAGGAGAAUUUUGACGUUUCGAUUGAAUGCCCUUUGCCUGUAGCAAUACUGAACAAAGUGCCUUCGCUCGGAAUGUUGAAGUUCGCCUUAUAUAUUUUCAAGUAAUUGCAUCCCUUUCGACGAAAGCUUGUUUCAUUUUAUUGGCACUACCUACACCGAGAAAGACAUGGGCCCAUCAUUGGAGGCACAAUACCAUUUUAUUGGUAUUAUUUUGUCUCUAUUUCAAAACAUUUCAUCAGACCAAUGGCUUUGUUUCUGUAAAAUAAAGUAUUUCUUUUUAAGUGUGAAUUAAUUUCUUGUUUUAUUAAAUUGUAUGUCAAGUUUUUUUUGGGUUAAACAUAUUUUUAUUCGGAUAAUUUUUAAACAGGUGUAAUUGUGGAAAGUGUUGACUUGAAUUCUUACAAAACAUAUCCGACUGCUAUUGUUGUAAGGGAACUUGAUGGUUGUUGCAAAGCAAUGCAAAGUGAGAUUGCAUUACAAGACCUUCCUCAGGGUUCAACAAUAAACUGCAUUGUUGACCAUCCAGGGUUUAAUCCUGUUUGCCUCCAGAAAUGGAGUCUUAAGAUGGCAGCAUGGCUAUAUAAGACCAAAGAGAAAAAACAUACAAGAAAACUGGGAAGUGAUGAUAUGUAUGUUAAAAAUUGUUUUAACCCUUUAUGUUAGGAAAUUGUCAAAUUUUGGCCACCUGCACAUCCUCAAGUCCCAGUCUUCAGCUUAACACAUGCAGCGCGGCCUAAUGGAUGAUUGAUUUACAGCCAUAGAAGGACCGGGAAUAUCCCUCUUUUAUGAAGGACGUGUAUGAUCCUGUUCAUUGUUUUUACGAAGUAAAUCAAGCAUUACUCAAGCUCUAUUUUGAUAUGGAAGGAUCAAUGUGCGAAACAAUUUAAGGCAAGAUAUUUUACCAAAACUUUGGACAACUAGCGCGAUGGAUUCCUGCUUUGUAGAAAGGUAAUAUUGUUUGUAUUAUGUUAGUAUUUUGCAGAUUUUAUAUCAAAUACGCUGAAAAGUAAAACCAUAGAACCGUAGAUGUUUUAUAGUUUUUGUUUGUGGACAUUUCAGUACCGAAUUAAUUGUUUAAGUGAAAAUUUGACUCGAACUUUUGUAUCUUAUUCUAGCUUUUUGCUGGUUGUUCUGCAAUGGGUUCUAAAAGCAACAGGAAGCCUCGUCAAUCGGCCAACACUAGCCAAGCGCUCAGAUUCCCAAUCGGAGAACUGGCCAAGAGAAAAGAUGAAUUAA